CCCAAAAGGCUACUGUAUUUUAGUUAGAGCGGCUGAACCCUAAAGACGUGCAGUCUUGAAAAUGGUGAAAGUGGGCUAGCUUGGCCUCUUCGCCGCAAAUGCAAGUUGACAGUGAAGAAGAGCAGCUGAGACAUUGGAAUUCAUUCUGAACAGCUGAGCAGCUGAAACAUUGCUGUAAGGAGGAGCAUAUUUUACUAAAUUAUAGGAAGCUGACAGUGAAAGCACCGUCGUCCUUGCCAGAGCCUACAUCAGGCAGUCUGCUGGCAGGGACGCAUAUCUCUCACCAUGGCAACAUCGCUUGGAAUUCGCCCUGUCAGACCGCUCUCAGGGGUCUUUCAAGGUUUGAAAAAUGCUCAGCCUUCCCCAAUAACGCAGUGUAGAGGAAUCUUGUUGCAGUGUCGCAGAAAAGAACCAACGGGAAGGCUAGUGAGCAGAGAUGGAGCUCACAGCAUUGCACAGAGCAGCGCACUUCAACUCCAGAAAGCGCAUGUACAGGGCUUAAGGGCUGCCAGAUUGGAUUGCAGUCGCUGGUCUCUUGAUGCGCCCCUGAAGAGACCCUCAUCAUCCAAGCGGCGUGCCAAAGCUCAGAGAGGGUUGUGUACGUGCCAGGCGGAAAACGGGAGUGGGCCAGGCGCUGCAGAUGACAAUUCCAGUGCAAAACGGAUGGAGUUUGUGUUUGACCCCAAGAAGAAGAUGGACGACUUUGCCUCCCGCUUUGACCCUGACCAGCGGCGGCGCACCAACAGCAUCAACCUCUUCUCCCCCUCCAAGAUCAACCUGUUUCUGCGCGUCACUGCCAAGCGCCCUGACGGCUACCAUGACCUGGCUUCCCUUUUCCAUGUGAUUGACCUGGGCGACCGCCUCAAGUUCACGCUGGGCCCCGGGCGCAAGGACGCCCUCACCUCCAACGCGCGCUGGGUGCCCCUGGGGAAGGACAACCUGGUCAUCAAGGCGCUGGACGUGUUUCGAGCCAAGACGGGCAUCCCGCAAUACUUCUGGAUUCACCUGGACAAGAAGGUGCCCACCGGCGCUGGGCUGGGCGGCGGCAGCGGCAAUGCUGCCACUGCGCUGUGGGCGGCCAACGAGCUGACGGGGCGGCCCGCCAGCAACGCGCAGCUGCUGGAGUGGAGCGCGGACAUCGGCUCCGAUGUGCCCGUCUUCUUCUCUCGCGGGGCCGCCUACUGUACUGGGCGGGGCGAGAUCGUGGAAGACAUCCAGCCGCCGCCCGUCCCCCUGGACACGCCCAUGGUCCUCAUCAAGCCGCGCGCCUCGUGCAAGACGCCCGCAGUCUUCAAGAAGUUCAGCCUGGAGCGCGCCAGCUCGGCGGACCCCCGCGAGCUGCUGCGGUCCAUCACGGAGCACGGCAUCCGCCAGGAGUUCUGCGUCAACGACCUAGAAGAGCCGGCGUUCGAGGUGUUGCCGUCCCUGAAGCGGCUCAAGGAGCGCAUUUCGUCGGGUGGGCGGGGCAAGUACUCCGCGGUGUUCAUGUCGGGCAGUGGCAGCACGAUCGUGGGCGUUGGCGACCCGGAGCCGCCGCAGUUCAUCUACGACGAGGAGCGCUACCAGGACGUCUUUACGGAAGCUGCCUACUUCUUGACGCGCGAGGAGGACGAGUGGUACCGCCCAUCACGGGCGAUGGAGGCUGGCUACGGCGCAGCUGAGAGUCGGAGCGAUCUGGAAGUAGACGUGCCCACGGAGGGCCCGCUAGGCACGUCCUUCUUUGAGCGGCCGGAAAGCUCGCGCAUCCAGUUCUAGGCCCGCCGCGUGGCUGCAGUCCAGAUUGAGUACCAGCAAAUAUACGGUUGCAGGAAGCAGCUGGGGCCCACUUACCCCUUGGUGAGUGGGCCCCGACAGAACCUGGUUUUCCAAAUGUGCGUAAGACUGCCUCAUUUAGCUACCGGUCACUAUACUACGCACGCAUGUGCAUUUGUGCACUGUCGGGCCAGUAUGAUGAGCAUCAUGUACAUUGCAUGUACGUUUCUCGUCUCCUAGGAGAGAAUGGGUACGUUUAGCUAUUCGACCAGCUUCCGAUCGAGGUCGGAGAAGCUCAUUAUCCGAGUCGAGAAUGGGAAGGUCGUAUACGUAUCAAAGGUACCCGGAUCGACGGCGAGACACUUGCGCUUAGUUGCCGGCUUGAAGCCUGCUAGUAACCUGAG